AUCAGUUAUUGCAGUGUUUCAACGUUGGUGGUGCCGACAGCGGGCGAGACCAAGUAGUUUCUAGCUUUUUCUUUCAACACUUCAAGCCGUCGCCUUUGCUUUUACAACUAUCACAAUAUUCAGCGAUUCAGUAGCGGACUUUAUCUGUGUACACUUCGCUUUUAACAAUGCCUCGGGGCGGGAAGAGGGGCCACAAGGGCAGAGGGAAGCAAUUCAGCAACCCUGAUGAGAUUGACCGACAGAUGAGAGCACAGAAAGAGUUGGAAGAAAAUCCUGGUGCAGACAAGGAGAGCUCUGCAGAUUCUGAUGAAGAGAGCAGCAGUGAAGAUGAAUCUGACUCCAGGAAGAGGAGUGGAGUGGAGGGGCUUAUAGAGAUCGAGAAUCCCAACCGUGUGUCUCAGAAGAGCAAGAAGGUGGCUGAGGUAGACGUUGAUGCUCCCAGAGAGCUGUCUCGGAGGGAGAGAGAGGAGAUCGAGAAGCAGAAAUCAAAGGAACGCUACAUGAAGCUCCAUUAUGAGGGGAAGACUGAGCAGGCCAGGGCCGACCUGGCCAGACUGGCCAUCAUCAAGAAACAGAGGGAGGACGCUGCCAAGAAGAGAGAUGAACUCAGGAAAGAAAAAGAAGCUGAAGAAGCCAAAGCAAAGCGCUAGUCCACUACCUGAAAGCUUCAACAUGCACUUGUCUCAGAGGGAUGGAGAGAGAUGGAGAUCUGGAGGAGGAGGAGGAGGAGAGCGGGGAGGGGGACCAGUACGAGUGGCAUCAGAUCAGGGGCGCUCCUGAACUCCUGUCCCUCAUUUCAAAUCAGAGAGGCGUGGGUCUUCCAUAACAGUUUGGUCAGGACGGGGCAAAACGGGUGGAUCAAAGCGAGACGAAGAGGAAUGCAACAUUUGGGAUGCCUCUAGUUUUCUUCCUCCAGAGGAGACAAUCGCAGGUUUUCCAAGUGCUUCACUGCCUCUUUGCUCUUCCCCCACCCAGCAGGGUUUUAAUUCUGAAGCUGCUGAAGUUAUUUUCAUUCCUUUUGAUUUAUACAUUUUUACAAGGUUACCUAAUACGAGUUUACUUAAUGACUGGACAGGUGUUACAGUGAACAUGCAUGGGGAUAUUUUUGGUGCUUUACCUUUUUUUUCUCCCAUCUCGCCUGUUUUGUAAUACGGCAGCUGCAGAUGGAGAAAAAGAACACUAUUCAGAGGAUAAACUGAUAUAUAGGAAUUAUACAAUGUAGUUUAGAAUUUGUGGAUAUGUUGCACAAGGCAUUGGUAUAAUUUUCUAAAGAUUUCCCCCUUCAUUUAGACACAAAUAAUCUUUCUCCACCAGCUUCUUUUUGUCCCAGAGUCGCCAUGUUUUGAUCCCCUUUGUUUCAGUUGGCAAGUUACAGUUGGAAGAAUUGGCAGUCCUGCUUCCGCAACAUGUAUUCAAAGUAGAAAAUAUUUAGUUUCCUUUGCUUUUUCAUGGAUCUUUCCCUCCAAAUUUUCGCUUUGCUCACUAGAAUCAUCUUAUUGCUGUCAGUUCAAAAGUGUUUCAGAAUGUGUUUUGUAAUCCUUUGUUCAAAGCACCUGGAAUAUUACUUGAAUUGCCUACAAGAAGCGUUUUUAAGUUGUCAUCAGUGCUGGAAAGCAUCGUCUCGAAGUUCCUCAGUAACCGUGGCCUUGCCCUGUUUCUGAUGGGGUCCUCUGUGGUUCUGUUGGAGGGAUUGUGUCUUUUGUUGCCUUUACACAGUUUACACAAGACCAGUUCACUGUCUUACUCCUGUAAUUGAAGUCCUACAAAGAACCUACACUGAGUUAGUUUAUUAGGUACAUGAAGAAUUCAGUGCAGUCCUUUACAUCAGCACUAGUACCAAAAUUACCAGCGACCACUCAGCUCUCUGACAUUUUAAACCAGAACACAAAAUUCUAAACUCCACAAGGAGAGGAUUUACUGCAGGGCAUUUGUAUUGUGUGGACUGCACAGGUGUACAUGAUAAACCGCUAACUCAGUGUGUGGGGGAUUUGCCUUGAUCAGGACACCAGUAUUCCCUAUAACAUGGAAAUAGCUUAAAAAACAAACUGUUGAGAUGAGAAGUGUAAGAAAUGUAGCCACAAUCCAGUUCCAGUUUUCCAACCUGUAUUUGAAGUCAUUUUUAAAGAAUAAAUUCAACAAUAGAUAAAUGA